UCAAAGCCGGUAUACUGAAUGUACUGUCAUACCGCCCAGCACUGUGUUCCCCUUUCAAAAAUGGACUUUUUUGUUGUUCUCUUUAACCCAGCCAGGAACAAAAUGUAGUAAAGUAAAAUUUCUGGCUUUUAUUUGCACAAAAUAUGGAGAAACCCUGCGUAUUGGUCCCCGCACUCGGACCCAAGGGCAUUUACCAGUGUUUUAUACCGUGCAUUGAGGAACAUUUCACGACAGUCACCUAUGAGGAGUUCGAAAAGAAACAGGAAAAUUUUGCAGAAAUGAUCCAAGCCGUGUUUGUUUGGGGUUGCGGCCUACAGGUAAAUAAGAAGCUUUUACAAACCUUGCCCAAGCUCCAGGUUGUGGCAAAUGGUGGUGUUGGAGUAGAUCAUCUAGACAUACCAUUAAUCAACAGCUUCGGAGUGAAGGUUUGCAACACUCCGCACGUGGUUGACAAUGCUACAGCAGACAUCGGGAUGACACUGAUGUUAGCAUCAGCAAGGAAGAUUUUGGAAGGCCAUGACUUUUCAAAGUACCAUGAAUCUGUUUAUUUGGCCGAAUCCACUUUGGGCAAUGAUGUCAGUGGUGCUACUUUGGGCAUCAUUGGGAUGGGAAGAAUCGGAUAUAAGGUUGCUAAAAGAGCUAACAGUUUUGAAAUGAAAAUCCUCUAUCACAACAGGAAUCAAAGAAAAGAGGAAGAGGAGCGUGCAGUGGGAGCUGUGUACUGUGAGAAGAUUGAGGACCUACUGCAGAAGUCUGACUUCGUUAUGGUUGUGGUCAAUUUGUCACCUCAGACUCGCAAACUGAUUGGGGUUAAAGAACUGGCCAUGAUGAAGCCUAACAGUACCCUCAUUAACAUCAGCAGAGGUUUGGUUGUUGACCAGGAUGCUUUGGUAGAUGCCCUAAAAAGGAAGGUCAUUAAAGCUGCAGCUCUGGAUGUUACAUAUCCUGAGCCUCUUCCACGAGAUCACCCUCUACUGUCACUUCCAAAUGUAAUUGUCCUGCCACACAUGGGGACUCACACAGUGGAGACGUCUCAAGUCAUAGUGGAGAAAAUGAUUUCCAACACUCUAGCAGUACUGAAUGGGGAACAACCUCCAGAUGAAGUGAAGAUAUAGAGAUCAUGCUCUUGUCAUUAGGCACUUCUUAGAGCUACUGUAGUAAAAACAAACAUUGAGUGUUUUCAAAUGAUUAUGCUUUUAUUUCAAUGUUUUAUAGGGAUUUAAAGGACCACAUCUCGUCAUAUUUAGGUCCACAUUUGUUUAUGAUGAGAAGACUUUAGAUUUUAAAUCAAUAAAUGAA